GAGCCCUGGGGGCAGAGGUUCUACUGGCUAGCAGAGAGACAGGAGUGGGGUCAUGGGCCAGUGUCUGAGGUACCAGAUGCAUUGGGAGGACUUGGAAGAGUACCAGGCCCUGACUUUCCUGACCAGAAAUGAAAUUCUGUGCAUCCAUGACACCUUCCUGAAGCUCUGCCCUCCUGGGAAGUACUACAAGGAGGCAACACUGACCAUGGACCAGGUCCGCUCCCUGCCAGCCCUGCGGGUCAACCCCUUCAGAGACCGAAUCUGCAGAGUGUUUUCUCACAAUGACGUGUUCUCCUUUGAGGAUGUGCUGGGCAUGGCCUCUGUGUUCAGCGAGCAGGCCUGUCCCAGCCUGAAGAUCGAGUAUGCCUUUCGUAUCUAUGAUUUUAAUGAAAAUGGUUUUAUCGAUGAGGAGGACCUGCAGAGGAUCGCCAUGCGGCUGCUGAACACUGACGACGUGUCUGAGGACCUGCUGAUAGACCUCACGAAGCACGUCCUGAGUGAGUCGGAUCUGGACAACGACAACAUGCUGUCCUUCUCUGAGUUUGAACACGCGAUGGCCAAGUCUCCAGAUUUCAUGAACUCCUUUCGGAUUCACUUCUGGGGAUGCUGAUGUGACGGCAAAUGUGGCAAAUACCACUCCGACAGCCUCGAGGGAGACACUGGAAUCCAACUCCCUCCAGGCACUGGGGGUUCUAGCUUGAAGUAAGACUUCAUCCCAGGCCCUCCCUCACCUCUAGAAUAUUGUUUAUUAAAUAAAACAAAAGAAAAGCCUCAGCCC